GAUGAAGUUAGUGCGGAAGUAGAGAUAGCAGAUGAGAGCACAAUCUCCCGUUCACUUCCAUCUGCUGCUUCGCACACAGACGAUCUGGUACCUGCGGCGGACGCGACCCAUAUCUGAGGGCUCAAAAAUGGCUUGCUGCAGUCGAAUGAAUGUCCUUCUCAUGCUCCUGUUUGGUCAAGUUUGGUCCAUUUAUGCUGUGCUGGAAAUACAGACGGAUCAUGAAACCAUUAUAAAGAUCAAUGCUGCUGGAGAAAGGAUGCAGUGCUCCGCAGCCAUGGAUAUACUGUUUGUAAUGGAUAGCUCAUAUAGCGUCGGGAAGGGAGGAUUUGAACGAUCACGGCACUACAUGUUGAAGCUGUGUGAAGCUCUUGACAUCAGCCCAGACAAGGUGAGGGUUGGCGUGGUUCAGUUCGGUUCAACGCCUAAACUAGAGAUCAGUCUAAACUCCUACAACAGCAAGGAUGACCUGAAGAAGCGCAUAAAGAAAAUCCACUACAGAGGCGGCAGCACGCAGACAGGUCUGGCUCUGAAGUUCGCUCAGGGGAAGGGAUUUUCCGGCGGACACAAUUCCACAGUGCCACGCGUCGCCAUCCUUUUAUCAGACGGAAAGUCCCAGGGGGCCGUACAACUGGCAGCCUCAGAGCUUAAGACCUCUGGGGUGGUUCUGUUUGCGGUGGGGAUACGUUACCCCAGGUGGGAUGAACUUCGUGAUGUGGCGAGCAGCCUAUCCGACUCUCACGUGUUUUUUGCGGAGCACUUCAACGAUGCUGUAAAUGGAUUGCUUACUGCCUUCUCCACCUCAUCAUUCGCCUCAACCAUUCCCACAGGGUGUAAGGUGGAGUCCUAUCCAUGUGUGCAGAAAACCCUGGAAACUGUCAGGGAACUUCAGGGUAACUUCAUGUGCUGGAAAGGGUCCAAAGGAUACUCACCAUACACCUCUCUCUGUUCUCAUUACAGGUAUAACAGAGUUUACAAGCAGCACCCUGCUGUCUGUCACAGAACAAUAUGUCCAGACCCCUGCGACUCGCAUCCCUGUCAGAACGGGGGGACGUGUGUUUCAGAGGGCCUUGAGAAAUAUCGCUGCGAAUGUCCUGCGGGCUAUGGCAGUGACCCUAACUGUGCUCCCAUGCUAAGUUUUGACUGCUCGGUGGAUGUUCUCUUCCUGGUGGAGGGCUCCACCGCUCUCACCCUGGAGGGUUUUUUGCGCUUCAAGUCUUUCCUGAAGCGUUUCUUGCAGGCAGUGUUGAGUUCUGAAACCCCUGUGAAGAUGGGCUUGGCCCAGUACGGCAGUGACGUGAAGAUGGAGGUGAAAAUCGGAGAGCACAGGGAUCCUGCCAAGCUGAUCCAGGCAGUUGAGGGCCUGCAGCACCGCGGUGGCCAAGCCAAGACCGGAAAUGCUCUCCGUUACAUCACAAGCCACGGUUUCCAAAGCUCACCUGUCUUUGCCGACGUCCGGGACGACCUGCCGAGAGUAGUGGUGCUGCUCACUGGGACGCCUUCUGUGGACCCCGUGGUGGAAGCGGCCAAGUUUGCACGAGACAGAGAGAUCUUUAUCAUUGGUCUAGCACCAGAAGGGAUGAAGGCUGAAAUCAACAACAUCACCGGCAACCCCCAACGCACCAUUACGUUCCAGUCACCUGACAGAUUGAGCGCUAAGAUCCCAGAUCUCAGAGCCAAAAUUUGCAGCGUGGACAACCAGGGUUGUCUCGGUCAAUCGUUGGACCUUGUCUAUGUGCUAGAUGCCUCCAGUGGCGUAGGCAAGGACAAUUUCAUCAACCUUCAAGAAUUUGUUCAGAGCACCUCAGUGCAGUUCGACAUCAAUCGAGACGUGGCUCAGGUGGGGCUGGUGGUCUACGGGAGGAGACCCGUCACGGUGUUCGACCUGGACAAAUACGAGUCAGGCUCCGCUGUGCUCAAGGCAGUAGAAGAUGCGACUUAUCUCGGCGGGAAGGCGUCCACUGGCUCUGCCCUUCUGCAUGUGCACUCCCAAACCUUGACAGUGGGAAAGGGGGCUCGGCCAGGGGUCAACAAGGCCGUAGUGGUGCUGACUGACGGGACGGGGGCAGAGGAUGCGGCUGUUCCCGCCCAAAAGCUCCGUGACAAUGGCGUGUCUGUGUUUGUGAUCGGCAUCGGGGACGUACAGCAGGAACUUCUUUUACGCAUCGCCGGUUCUGAAGAUCACAUGAUCGUCAUACCUUUCUACGAUGACCUGAAAUAUUCAGAGGAUGUGCUGGUGCAGAUGGUUUGUGCAGAUGCAAAGAAACCUGUUAAUCUGUGCAGUCCAAACCCCUGUAUGAAUGAUGGUGUCUGUGUAUUGCUCAGUCGCAGCUAUCGCUGUGAAUGCAAUGGAUGGAAAGGGCCACACUGCGAAACACGAAUCAGAGAGCAGCCAUCCAGAGGAGAUCUCGCCAAACCUGCAGCUUUAAGACGUCAUCUGCACAAGAGUGAGAAAGAGCUGCUGCAACGCUACCGAGCACAUCGCAAGAGACACACAUCCAGAACACAUCACAGAUAAAAACAUUCUGUAUAAACAGAGCCACAGUUCAAAAAUAAUACUACUACUCUAUAAAGAUUGUCAGCAUGUCAAACAGAAGAAUAGAUUUAAAGGAUUAGUCCAUUUUCUUAAAAAAAAU